GCAAUCCAAAAUUAUCACAUUUCGACACGAUUUUUGCUUUUAAUUUAAAGGUAAUUUCGGAUCAAAGAAGCAAAUCAGGACACGGACCUCGGCUUAAAAUGGCAGCCUGCAUCGAACUGUUGAAGAAAAGUUUCCCCAAAAUCGAGGGCGAACUUCAGGAUUACGUCUCAAGUAUUCUCGAGAGCGGCGGCGACGAAUUCGAGUCCAGUGAGGAGAUUUACGACGCAAUCGGCGGUAUUUUGCACGAAGUUGCCGCUGACAAGUCUGAAGAUGACAUCAAGGGAUUAUGCGACCAAUUUUACGGCCUUAUGCACAAAGAUGCCAAAAAACCCACAGACCGGAAAAUUUUGGAUGCUCCCGUGAAUCUGGGGAGUAUCGUGGGGCAAUUCGAUAACGGAGAUACGGAACACAAGAGUAUUUGGGUCGUGUCGCGCGACGACAGUCUAAAAGUUGACUCGAAAAAACUAGAAAAAGCCAAAGCCAAGUUGGAACAAAAGAAGGAAAAACGUUCGGAAGUAAAAGCACCGGCAGCGGCUCCUGUGCUGCAAACGGCAUCAGCGUCGCAAGUCAUCAGCAAAAAAGACAACAAACUGGAAUCAAAGGGAACGAAUCGUUCCAUGGAUAUUCGAAUAGAAAAUUUCGAUGUUUCGUUCGGUGAGAAGGUUCUGCUGCAAAAUGCUGAUUUAACGCUGGCUUACGGGCGUCGUUAUGGGUUUGUCGGUCGAAAUGGCUUGGGCAAGACGACACUUUUACGCAUGAUUUCGUCGAAACACCUGCAAAUCCCGAGUCACAUCACAAUUUUGCACGUGGAACAAGAAGUUGUCGGCGACGACACAAUCGCGCUCGAUUCCGUACUCGAAUGUGACUUUGUGCGCAGCAACUUGCUGAAACGCGAAAAGGAAAUAAAUAGUUUGAUAAGUAGUGGAACUGCCGAUCCAGCAUUAAGUGCCGAAUUGUCGGAGAUUUACAUCCAAUUGGAGAGUAUUGAAGCAGAUAAGGCCCCCGCGAGAGCGUCUAUCAUCCUAAACGGUCUCGGAUUUACGAAACAAAUGCAAGCGAUGACGACAAAAGAAUUUUCUGGGGGUUGGAGAAUGAGACUGGCACUUGCCCGAGCACUUUUUUCCAAGCCAGACUUGUUAUUACUCGAUGAACCGACGAACAUGUUGGAUAUAAAAGCGAUUAUUUGGCUGGAAAAUUAUCUGCAACAAUGGCCAACGACGUUACUCGUGGUUUCUCACGACCGCAACUUCCUCGAUACCGUGCCCACAGACAUUCUCUACCUCCACUCGCAACGGAUAGACACGUACAAGGGCAACUACGAGCAAUUCGACAAGACAAAAACGGAAAAACACAAGGCACAACGACGCGAAUACGAAGCCCAACUCGCACACAGGCAACAUGUCCAGGAAUUCAUCGAUCGCUUCCGGUACAAUGCAAAUCGCGCUGCCAGUGUUCAGAGUAAAAUCAAAAUGUUGGAGAAAUUGCCGGAACUGAAGCCCGUGGAAAAAGAGGUCGAAGUGACGUUGAAAUUCCCCGAAGUUGAACCAAUUAACGCCACGAUGAUCCAACUGAACGAAGUCGGUUUCCGGUACAACGAAUCCCGAACGAUCUUCAAUUGCGUUAAUUUAUCGGCGAAUUUGGACUCGCGCAUCUGUAUUGUGGGCGAAAAUGGCGCCGGUAAGACAACUUUGCUGAAAAUCAUCACGGGCAUCAAUGAACCCACAAGUGGCCUUAUGACGACGCAUCGGGCAUUGCGUCUCGCUUACUUUGCGCAACAUCAUGUCGACUCGCUCGCAAUGAAUGUCAACUCGGUGGAACUGCUGCAAAACGAAUUUCCCGGCAAAACAGUCGAAGAAUACAGGCGACAACUUGGAAGUUUUGGUGUUUCGGGCGAUUUGGCGUUGCAGGUUAUCGCAAGUUUAUCGGGAGGGCAGAAAAGUCGCGUGGCAUUCGCGAAAAUGUGCAUGUCGCAACCGAAUUUCCUCGUUCUCGAUGAACCCACGAAUCAUUUGGACAUUGAAACAAUCGAGGCACUCGGUCACGCGAUCAACAACUACAAAGGCGGCGUUAUUCUCGUGUCUCACGACGAACGACUCAUUCGCAUGGUUUGCAAGGAAUUGUGGAUUUGCGGCAAUGGCACGGUGCAAAGUAUCGACGGUGGCUUCGACGAAUACCGCAAACUUGUCGAAAAGGAACUGGAAGCUGCGAAUGCUUAAAAAACACGAAUUGACCAUUUUUCUUUUGUUAAUGUUGUACAAUAAAAAAAAAAUAGAGAUGAAAUUUUUUU